AUGGAAAUUAAAAAUGUGGAUAUACUCUUGAAUAAGUCUGUCAAGUUUUUGGAGUCGAUUCCCGAGACAGUUAUCGACGAGAGAUUAGCAGACAGGAUUAGUCGCGAUAGCAGAAGUGUGCAUGUUGGUAACGUAGACUAUGAAACAACCAAGGAUAUGCUUGAGGAAGUUUUCUGUAAAUGUGGAAGAGUCGAACGCAUUACAAUUCCUCUAAACAAAAAUACCGAGAAAACAAUGGGUUUUGCAUAUAUUCUAUUUGAAUUGCAGCAAUCAGUUGAUGAGCCCUUGAAAAUGCACGGAUUUAUGUUGAGAAAUAGGCCGAUCCGAGUGUUGCCCAAAAUCAACUAA